CUCUCAGUUUGUAUUAAGUCCUACCUCUAAUCAGUCGUGAUCAUAAUCGUGUAUCUUCACCAUAACGGCUUGGCAAUUUGAAAACAAAAAAAAAAUUUUAUUAGUAAAUAAAAUAAUUUUUUUUAUUUAAAUUUCUUCUCGGGGUUCAAUCCCUCCGGUAUUUAAUUGACAGUUGUACGUAAUUAAUCCGUCCGGCGCGUAGUCGUGGUGAUUUAUUGAAAUUCAACAAGAGUAAUCUGUGGUGCAGGUGUUUAUUAAAAAUAAAUAUAUUUUAAUUAAUCUUCAAGUUUUUUUUUUAUCUCUUCAGAGACUAUUUGUUUUUGUUUUUAAAAAACAUUUUCAAAAAUGUAUUCUACGAGGAUUGCUGCUUUUUUGGCUCUGCUUCUUGUCUGUCACGCUUAUGGAAGACCCGACCAGCAGCCAGACGUAGAAAAUAAUGAAGAAGAAGGUUACUUGGGAGACGAAACAGACUAUGACGAAGAAUCAGAGGCAGACGCUGAUAAUGAUAACAAUGGGGCACUCGCAGAACCCCCAGAAAUAAAGACUAAACCCCAAAUGAUCGAAGUUAGACCGGGUAGCAACGUCGAGUUGCCAUGUUAUAUUGUUAACGGAGAUGCCUAUACGGUUGAAUGGAAGAAAGGCAACGUCAGUUUGUUCUUCGGCGACUCCGAUAUGACUAAAGAUAUCACCUCGAAGAUAGUCACGACUGCGAAUCACAGUUUAAUUAUUUAUAAUGUGACGAAGAACGACUCCUCAGAUUCUUACACGUGCUCUCUCUUAGGUGUAGACCAACCGGUGGAGGUCAUACAUAAGGUCCAUGUUAUCGACAGACCGAAGGAUGAUGACAAGCGGAUCCGCGUUGUUCCUGGGAAGCGAGUCGAGGUCAACGAAAAUGAGAGUGUUACUUUUGGUUGUGAAAUUAAGGGAUCACACAAGAUUGUUUGGUCGCACAAGGGAUCAUCAUUGCACAAUGGUGAAGAAAUAGACAAAAAUGGCAAAUACGUUAAAAUAAUUAAAGCCAAUAGACAUCAUGGAGGUCUUUAUCAAUGUCUUGCUGAUGUACCGGAAGACCGUCCUCCAUACGAAUCAAUUGACGUAGUUGUCAAGUUCAAACCAGUAAUAGAAACAGAGCAUGACAUCGUUCACACGGGAAGGGGACUGAUUUCUGAGUUGAAGUGUAAAGUUCACGCCCACCCUCGCGCAAAGGUGACAUGGUCGAAGAACGGCAAGCCGGUGACCGGCAGAAAGGACAAGAAACUUCAUUCUGAAGAAAAAUCUUCACGCGUACUGAUAAUUGAACACACUGACAGCGAUGACUUCGGUUCCUACGUUUGUACUGCUUCAAAUGCGAUGGGUGAAGCCAGCAAGGAAAUUAUUCUUACUGGUACUCCGGUUAAGCCCAGGUGGGUUGGAAUGGACCGUUUGGAUGACGAAAAAACAGUUGUCUUCAAAUGGAAAGUUAAAAGCUACUCACCCAUCAAGGAGUACAAACUGGAGUAUCGUCGCAAAGGCGAUGCAGACUGGAAGUCAGUGAGUCCUAAUGUGAAAGACGGAGAAGGAGAUGAAUUUAUGGUCGAACAUGCUCUGGAAGGUCUUCAGGCGGGCGUGACGUACGAGACGAAACUGCUGGCUAAGAAUGAGUUGGGAUGGUCGUCCAGCUCCGACACUCAUUCCUUCGACCUAGAAUACAUUAUUGCUUCGCCACAAAAUCCCUCAGAAUCUAAGAAUGCAGCAUCGACGCGAUCGCUUGCGGCACUCUCGGUACUCCUAGUCUUCUUGUCAUACAUUUCAACGAAUAUUUAAUUAAUUAAUCGCUCCAGACUACAUAGAUAAUUCGCUGCAGCCAAAGCGUAUACACACCAAGCAAACUUCAUGGUGAAUAUAAGAACGAAAAUUGCCUAGGGGAGUGCCACUAACAGCAUUACUUACGUCGUUGACAGCCCAUCGAUAUUAAAAAUGAAAAGAAGGAGCCUUCAUCAUAUAUAUAUAAUAAUAAUAAUCAUAAUGAUAAUAGUAAGAACAAGACAAAAAGAAAAAAAAGUUAAUGAAGAAAUAAAACUUCCUUGCCUUUCACCUUUGUCUUCCGUUAUAAUAUGGAAGUGACGAAAUCAGCGUGCCUCAAUUUGCGACGAUGACAAUCAAGGUCGUUGCAAAUACGAUAUAUAUCUAUAUAUUCAUUAAAAUAUCUUUAUUGAAAUGUACAAACUAUAGAUUACUAUUAUUUCUUCAGUUUUAAUUAAUUGAAGCUAUUGAUUUUAUUAUUUUUUAGUAUGGAAUGUUGGCGAUAGAUAAGCUUCCAAUAAAUUUUUUUAUCCACGUG